GUUUGCCAAGCAAAAACACGGCAGUUCUAGUUUUUUUUCGAUCUCGAUCGCAGGCGCAGGCGCAGGCGCAGGCAGUGCACACACAACUCGUUCUUCUCCUCUCCCCUCCCCUCUUCCCUUCCUCUCUCUCUCUUGCAUCCUUCCUCGACGGGCGAUCCGCCGCAGGCUAGUAGAAGAACCAAACAAAGGAAGGGGGAGCGAUGGUGUCCGCCGUGCUCCGGACCAUCCUGGUGACGGGCGGCGCCGGGUACAUCGGCAGCCACACGGUGCUGCAGCUGCUGCAGCAGGGCUUCCGCGUCGUCGUCGUCGACAACCUCGACAACGCCUCCGAGGUCGCCCUCGUCCGCGUCGCCGAGCUCGCCGGCCACAACGGCGCCAACCUCGUCUUCCACAAGGUUGACCUUCGCGACAGGCACGCUUUGGAGGAAAUCUUCUCGUCCCACAGGUUUGAGGCUGUCAUUCACUUUGCUGGGCUCAAAGCUGUUGGCGAGAGCGUGCACAAGCCCCUGCUUUACUAUGACAACAACCUCAUCGGCACCAUCACCCUUCUCGAGGUGAUGGCUGCAAAUGGCUGCAAGAAGCUGGUGUUUUCGUCAUCUGCAACUGUCUACGGGUGGCCUAAGGAAGUUCCAUGCACCGAAGAAUUCCCGCUUUGCGCCACCAAUCCCUAUGGGCGGACCAAGCUUGUGAUUGAAGACAUCUGUCGCGAUGUGCACCGUUCAGACCCUGAUUGGAAGAUCAUACUGCUCAGGUACUUCAAUCCUGUUGGUGCUCAUCCAAGCGGAUACAUCGGCGAAGACCCCUGUGGUGUCCCAAACAACUUGAUGCCCUAUGUUCAGCAAGUCGCUGUUGGGAGGUUACCUCACCUCACGGUCUAUGGAACAGACUACAAUACAAAGGAUGGAACUGGGGUGCGUGAUUACAUCCAUGUUGUUGACCUGGCUGAUGGCCACAUAGCAGCCCUAAGGAAGCUCUAUGAAGACUCCGACAAAAUAGGAUGUGAAGUAUACAACCUGGGGACAGGAAAGGGGACAUCGGUGUUGGAAAUGGUGGCUGCAUUCGAGAAGGUUUCUGGGAAGAAAAUCCCACUGGUGUUUGCUGGGCGAAGACCUGGAGACGCAGAGAUCGUCUAUGCCGCAACUGCCAAGGCAGAGAAAGAUCUCAAAUGGAAGGCAAAAUACGGGAUCGAGGAGAUGUGCAGAGAUCUGUGGAAUUGGGCAAGCAAGAACCCAUACGGCUAUGCUGGAUCACAAGACAACGGCAAAUGAAUCACCGAUCCAUGCAUCCUGCAGUAGUAGCGAGCAGCAAACUGAGCAGCAGCAGCCUAUACCACCAUAAUUAAUAACUCAUCAUAUGUAAUAGUCACUCAGUCAGUCAGUCAUCUAAUUAGGGGAUGGUGCGAUGGGCCUCGUUUCUUCAUUGUAUAGAGGGAGGAGUAGGGGGGUCCAUUUCAUCCAUUAUCUUGUUAUUCUUUUUUUAUCAUUCCUGUAAGAUUAUUAGACCAGCCUGGUAUUGCUUCAUGGUUGGUUGCUAGAAAAGGAAUAAACUCCUUGCAUACCAAAUUAUUAUAGAUAUAUUAUAUACAUGCAUACACUGAUUGUAUCUUUAUAUUAUGUUGAUACUUGACUCGAAUCAGUUGAUGA